UCGCUCACACCCCCCAUGUGCCCGCUCUGAAUGCCACUGCGGCUUCACGCGCCACCACCACCCCCAGCCUCCUUCCUCCCCGCUCCUCCGUGAUCCCUCCCUCCUCUCCCUAGAUCAAGCCCCCGCAUUCCUUCCUUCCUCCCUCCAGAUCGCGGCAACCCCCAGACCAGACAUUCCCGUCCUCGGGACGAGCGGCGACCAGUCCCGCUGGCCAUGACCCCCCGCGGCGCGCCGGCGCGCGCGGCGCUGCUGCUGCUGCUGGCGCUGCUCGGGCUCCUGCACCCGCGCCCGGCGGCGGCGCAGCAGGAGGGCGCCGUGCCGGAGGCGUACGCGGCCUCGUUCGCGUCCCGCUUCGCCGCGCCGCCGUCCUGGUCCUUCCCGAACCCGCGCCUCCGGGCCGCCUACGCCGCGCUCCAGGCGUGGAAGCGCACCGCCAUCUUCUCCGACCCCUCCAACUUCACCGCCAACUGGUCCGGCCCCAACGUCUGCGCCUACAACGGCGUCUUCUGCGCGCCCCUCCCCGGCACCGCCGGCGCCGGCGCCGCCUCCGGCGGAUACAGCCACGGCCACGGCAGCAGCGGCGAUGGAGACCUCGUCGUCGCCGGCAUCGACCUCAACCACGCCGACAUCGCCGGGUACCUGCCGGCGUCGCUGCCCCUCGGCGUCCCGGACCUGGCGCUCUUCCACAUCAACUCCAACCGCUUCUGCGGCGUCGUCCCGGAGACCUUCCGCCACCUGCGCCUGCUCCACGAGCUCGACCUCAGCAACAACCGCUUCGUCGGGGGAUUCCCCGAGGUCGUGCUCUCGCUGCCGUCGCUCAGGUACCUCGACCUCAGGUUCAACGACUUCGAGGGCUCCAUCCCGCCGGCGCUCUUCGACCGCCCGCUCGACGCCAUCUUCCUCAACUCCAACCGCCUCCGCAACCCCAUCCCGGCCAACCUCGGCAACUCGCCGGCCUCCGUCGUCGUGCUCGCGCACAACAGGCUCGGGGGAUGCAUCCCUCCCAGCAUCGGCAAGAUGGCCGAGACGCUGAACGAGAUCGUGCUCAUCGCCGACGAGCUCACAGGGUGCGUCCCGCCCCAGGUCGGGCUGCUCAAGAAGGUCACCGUGUUCGACGUCAGCGACAACCACCUCCAGGGCCAGCUCCCGGCCAGCAUUGGCGGGAUGGCCGCCGUCGAGGAGCUCGACGUCGCCAGGAACCGCUUCGAGGGCGCCUUGCCGGCCGGCGUCUGCGGCCUCGCCAGCCUCAAGAACUUCACGUACACCGACAACUUCAUCACCUCGCGCCCGCCCUGCGCCAAGGCCACCGCCGACGGCGCGUGGAACUGCAUCCCCGGCGCGCCGGCCCAGCGCCCGCCGUCGCAGUGCGCGGCCGCCGCAGCGCACCCGUUCGACUGCAGCAAGGCGCAAUGCCAGGCCCCGGCGUACACCCCAACGCCGGGUGGUGGUGGGUACACCCCGACGCCCGGUGCUGGUGGCCAUGGCGGGCGCGGUGGACGUGGAAGCGGCAAGCAACCGCCCACGCCAGUGGGAUCGCCUCCGAGAGGCCGCAUCGCUGGGAACCCGCCGCCGCCAUCGAGCUCUCCUACCCCAUCCUACCCGUCGCCGCCUUCGAGCUCUCCUUCUACUCCUUCCUACCCGUCGCCGCCGUCGAGCGCCACCACUCCAUCGUACCACUCGCCACCAAAGGGCUCCACCACGCCGUCGUACCCUCCGCCGCCGUCGAGCGCCAGCACCCCGUCCUACCACCACUCGCCACCCCAGGGAUCACCCACCACCCCGUCCUACCCCUCGCCGCCACAGGGCUCCACCACCCCGUCCUACCCUCCGCCGCCGUCGAGCGCCAGCACCCCGUCCUACCACCACUCGCCACCCCAGGGUUCACCCACCACGCCGUCCUACCCCUCACCACCCUCAAGCUCCAGCACUCCAUCCUACCACUCGCCGCCGCACGGCGCGCCGACCCCGUCCCACCCGUCGCCACCAAAGGGCUCUUCCUCCCCAACCCCAGUGACCCACGCGCCGCCCCCGCCGACCUCGGCGGACGAACCGGACGUGCGUUACGCGCCGCCGCCGCGCUCGUACGGCCCCAAGCCCUCGACGCCCCCAUCCCACGGCUCGGCGUCGCCUCCCUCGACAGGCUACCAGCCGCCGUCCUCCGGCCACCCGACGCCGUCGCCGCCAACGGAGCACCCAGGCUACGUCCUGCCGCCGCACGCCCCAGGGACCCCCUCCUCGCCCCCGUCGCACCCCGGCACCCCCUCGACGACGCCAGGAGCGCCGCCGACGAAGCACUGCUCGCCGCCGGCCCAGGGAGGGAGCCCCGGCACCGGUGGUGACCACGACCACGGGCACGGGCACGGGCACGGCGGCAAGCUGCCGUUCCCGCCUGUCUACGGUGUGUCCUACGCGUCGCCGCCGCCUCCAGGGAAGCCGUACUACUAGCCCGUGAAGACCGCUCGCCGCCUCGCCGGAGCGCCGGUCAUCGGCACCAACACCCACCCGCCACCGCCAGUAUAAUACUUCUCCAUGCAUCCCUGUAGUAUUUUUUGCUCAUUUUUUCUUCUUCUUUCUUCUUUGAUGAUGAUGAGUAUUUGAUCAAAGGCAAUUGAAUCAAAGAGUUGCAAUGUAUUGAUUCUUUCUCACUCCCCUCUUCCUCCCCCCUCACCGAAUUUUAUUGAUUUAUUAAUUGAUCUGGAGAUGUAUAAUCCUGCUCC